AUGAAUGCAGAAUUAUUUCAAUUUCCAAAUAAUAAAAAAAAUUUAAAAAGAGCUCAUGAUGACAGUGAUGAAGCCUUUUUCAAUAAAAAGAAUGAUAAUAGUUUAAAAGAAUUCAGAACUGAUGUUGUUUUUCAAGAUUUUCAAGUAAACAAUUAUAAUUAUAAUUUUAAUCAAACUCAACAAAACUUUUAUUCAAUGGGUAGCAUCCAAAGCCACACACCAAGUAUUGUAGUUCCAAAUCCAUCAAUUUCAAAGCCUCCACAACUAAUAAAUCAAAAUAAUAUUAACAUUCAAUCAUCAAUUCCAAAUAUUAAUAUAACUAGUAAUAUUAACCAAAACAAUUUAAACGUUUUAAAUAGAAACCCAAAAAAUUGUUUAAAUCAUUUUUUUUGA